CUACAUGAAAGGGCACAGCGACAGUUUUAAAAGGGAACUCAAUCGAACCGAACCAAGUCCAGAAAACGCGCGGCCAGGACAUUAAAACAAAGUGCAGUGAUUCUCAAACCUAAAACCAAAUUCCAAAUACACAUACAAAAAAAUACUGAUCAUGUGCAAAAUUGUGAUUUUGAUCGUGGCCGCCUUGGCCUUGGCGAGUGCCCAGGAUGCAACAUCAACAACAGUACCAUCAACCACAGGAGGGUCAACAGUAUCACCAUCAACGACCACCGCACCUGCUCCACAAACUUGCAGCAGUGAAACUGUCUCAAGUAUCAAUUGGAGUAAUAAUGCACUGUUUGACACCUGGGUGCAGCUGACCCGCACUCCCAUUGGCAAUUCUGAAGCCUGCAUGGUCAUCACUGCGAAUUUGGAAAGUGACCAAAACACACUGAACAUCAGUGCCAUACACUCGAGCAGUAGCACAUCGCUAUACCAAAAUGUUCAAGAAAGGGCCAUUGUAAAGCUGGUGAACGGUGGCACGAGUGGCUAUUCGGUGACCUUCAUCACGGACAAUACUGAACAGACGCCUGUCUUCAUCAAGUUGCUUCAGUUGGUCGAGAACAACAACUUCAUCGUUGGCUGUGGCUAUACCAAUGCAUCGGAUGCAUCUACCAGUUACGGAUUCAUUCUCGGCCGUUCCGGACACUACAAUUCAACUGCUACUGCGACAGUUAAUAACAACGCCGCCGCAUUGUACAGUAACUUCCAGAAUAACGCCUAUGGCAGCAUCGAACAAGAUGGUUGCUACCAGAACUCGGCCACCAAGUCAGUGCCCUUAAUUACUGGCGUCCUCGCACUGGCUCUGCUGCUGAUCAAGGCUCACUAAAAUGAACAGAAGUCCAAUUGCUUAGCACUUGAACUCUUUUCUUGCUAGCUAGAUUAUUGGUUUGACUUUUAUUUAGUUUUUAGUGUUUAUUUAAAAAUUGAAACUGUGCCAACACAAGCAAAACAAACAACUGACGCAUCUAGGCAAAAAUGCAAAAUAAAAUAAACAAAACAACAACAAAAAACUCUGUUAAAAACAAAUUUCUCUCAUGUGCUUUGUACUGUUUUCGAUUUCAUUGUCAAUAUUGUUGUGGUUGUUGCUUUUAGCAAACAGUGCUUUAAUUUGUACGCGACAUGUUCAAAGCAGUCAAGAUAAGAUAAUAAAAACGGAUACAGUACAAAAGA